AUGUCCAUAACCAAAGCCUUGAACAACGCAUCAGUGACCACAUUCAUCCUCUUGGGAUUCACAGACCAUCCAGAAUUGCAGGUUGUCCUCUUUGUGACCUUCCUGGGCAUCUAUCUCAUAACUCUGGCCUGUAAUCUGGCCCUCAUCACUUUGAUUAAAAUUGACACCCGUCUGCAUACACCCAUGUACUUCUUCCUCAGCAAUUUGUCCUUCAUUGAUAUCUGCUACUCUUCUGCAGUGGCCCCCAAGAUGCUCACUGACUUCUUCCAAGAGCAGAAAACAAUAUCAUUCAUGGGCUGUGCUGCUCAGUUUUUUUUCUUUGUCGGCAUGGGUUUAACCGAGUGCUUCCUCCUGACAGCUAUGGCGUAUGACCGAUAUGCAGCCAUCUCCAACCCCUUGCUCUACACUGCCAUCAUGUCUCAAGGCCUUUGUAACCGAAUGGUAGUUGGGGCGUAUGUUGGUGGCUUCCUGAGCUCCCUGAUCCAGGCUACCUCCAUAUUUCGCCUCCACUUCUGUGGGCCCAACAUUAUCAACCAUUUCUUCUGUGACCUUCCACCAGUCCUGGCACUUUCUUGCUCUGAUAUUUUCCUCAGUCAGGUGGUGAAUUUCCUCGUAGUAGUUGCUGUUGGUGGGACAUCAUUCCUCAUCCUUCUUAUCUCCUACAGUUACAUAGUGGCUGCUGUCUUGAGGAUCCGCUCAGUGGAAGGCCGAUGGAAAGCCUUCAACACCUGUGCAUCACACCUGAUGGUGGUGACUCUGUUGUUUGGGACAGCCCUUUUCAUGUAUCUACGGCCCAGCUCCAGUUACUCAUUUGGCAGAGACAAGGUGGUGUCUGUGUUUUACUCAUUGGUGAUCCCCAUGCUGAACCCUCUCAUUUACAGUUUGAGGAACAAAGACAUCAAAGAUGCCCUGCGGAAGAUGUUGGCAAAGAAGAAAGUGUUUUCCUAG